UCGUUUUCCGUUGCGCCGAUUCCGGAAGUUGGUGAUGCAGUCGCUGCGGAGAUGUCACCGCGGACUUUAAUGAAUGGAUGCUGAGCUCGAAGCUCCAACGAGUCCAUCUCUGUCCGUCCAGGAUGACAUGAAGCGCUGAGGUCGUCGCUCCACGUCGCCUUAAGCCCCGCCUCCCGCCGUUUCCCGCCGUCGGUAGGGUCGGACAGAUGGCGCCGGGUUAACUUGAGCUGCUUUGUCAUCCAGUUAUUUAUCAUAUUCGACCUUUUUCCUUUUGGGUAAAGUCACCCUGAGAUUUUAACAAGUCAGAAAAACACUCUGGGUACCAUGGCAACAAGGAUGAAGCUGAAGCUGAAGACUGUGUUUGUGAUGUACUUCAUGGUCUCCCUGAUGGGUCUCAUCUAUGCUCUUAUGCAGCUCGGUCAGCGCUGCGAUUGCACAGAACACAUCACGGUGAAAGAUCGCACCAUCUCCCGCCUGCAGGAGGAGCUGCACCGCCUGAAGGACGUCAUCAAGAAUUCAGAGGCGACCAGACGACCCCCGAAGCAGCCGGCCAGAGGCCCCACGCCCACCGUCUUCGUCAUCACUCCCACGUACGCCAGGCUGGUGCAGAAAGCAGAGCUGACCCGCCUGUCGCAGACGUUCCUCCACGUUCCUCAGCUCCACUGGAUCGUGGUGGAGGACUCGCCCCAGAAGACUCCUCUGGUCAGCGACCUUCUGAAGAAGAGCGGCUUGAUCUACACCCACCUUCACGUGCCGACCGCCAAGGACCAGAAACUCCAGGAGGGGGACCCCAACUGGCUGAAGCCCCGCGGCGUGCAGCAGAGAAACGAGGGGCUACGGUGGCUCAGAGAGGACAGAAGGGCUGAGGCGGGAGCGGACAACUACGGGGUGGUUUACUUUGCUGAUGAUGAUAACACGUACAGUCUGCAGGUGUUUGAAGAGAUGAGGAGCACCCAGCGGGUGUCCGUCUGGCCGGUGGGUCUGGUUGGCGGCAUGAAAUACGAGAGGCCAGUCGUCGAAGGAGGAAAGGUGGUUCGCUUUCAUACCGGCUGGCGGCCCAACCGCCCCUUCCCCAUGGACAUGGCCGGCUUCGCCGUGUCCCUCAAGCUGGUUCUAGCCAAUCCAGACGCUUGUUUCGACGGAAACGCACCGAUGGGAUUCUUGGAAAGCAGCUUCCUCCAGGGUCUGGUCACGAUAGACGAGCUGGAGCCCAAAGCCGACAACUGCACUAAAGUGCUGGUGUGGCACACACGGACCGAGAAGCCCAAGAUGAAGAGAGAGGAGGCGAUGCAGGCUCAGGGGCUGGGCUCAGACCCGGCUCUGGAGGUCUGAAGACCCAGACAAACCCAUCUUCUGUUUUCCGUUACUCAUCAUUGUGAAGUGUUCUGGUCGGCCAGCUCUCGUUCUCUGGUUCAGGUUGUAAAUGUUAACGUGUGUGUGAUAACUGUGUGUGAUUUGCUGUACUUCCUUCUCAACGCUGCAGUACUGUAAGUUAGCUGCAGAGGGCGCCAACAUAAUCUAAAGCCACGUUGUUUCUUUCAAGUCCUUCUUGGAAUUAGAACCAUCAAGAAUCCAUGCAUGGCCUCGAUUUUUAAGGUUUUGUUUUUUUAGUCUUAAAUAUUUAUUUUUACACAAAAAUCUUUUUUCAUCUCAGUAUUGUUGAACCGUCAAAGUAGCAGCAUCUGCAGAAAUUGUUAAAAAGGAUCAUCUCAUCCAGCUUCAAGCUUAAACUUCACGCUAAUUAGUUUUUUUUUCAGGAAAAUAAAUCCUGAAUGAUCAAUUUAUAGCUACACGGUAAACAAUUGUUUACAUUUUAAAGACUUGAUUUCAGUGUAGAUAAAGUCAAAACUAACACCUGAAAGAGGCAGACGCCACAGAUUAACUUUAUAUCUCAAUCUGACAUAACAUCACCAAACACGGACUUUUCCUAGAAGGGACAGUUUAUAAAUGACACGCCCCCAUAAGGUCAUUCUAGAGAUAGGGACACAGAGGUCACCUGUCAAUCAAUAGGCCACGCCUCUUACUUGAGCAAACUGCAGAUAUUCACAAGUAUAUUCAUGUGAAUUUGAUCACAUGAAAAUAUCAAUUUUGAGAACCAAAUUAUGUUUACAUUUUAGUUGUUGUACUGGAAUAAACAUUCACAUUUGACAAAAUGCUACAUUUUGGCUUAAAUCUCCUUUAAACCUUCGGUACUUUUAGACUGUUGCUGAACAAGCUGCUGCUGUUUAGGAACAGCAGGAACACAGUCUGCUGUAGAGUAAUCUGUUCCUCCGAUGACACUAUCUCCAUGUUCCUAUGGUCAUGUAUUUAUUGCUGUAAUUAUGUUCUGCACAUGGUACAGCCUGAUAAUAAACCUACAUCAGACUUGGUCAGUGUCUGCUGUUUAAAGUC